AUGGCGGCGCUUCAGGCUGACGUUGUAGAGCCCGACGACUUCAACGAUAUCGACUCAGCCGUGGGCGAUACCAAUGACGGGACCUCGACGACGGCGAGCUUGAACAGCUCCAUUCUCGACUAUCGCAAGGAGAACGGCCGCACCUAUCACAGGUUCCGAGAUGGAAAGUACCACUUCCCCAAUGAUGAGGAAGAGAACGAGCGACUAGACCUUCAACAUCACAUCUUCUACCUCUCCUUUGACGGUCUGCUCGGCCUGUCCCCGCCCAACAAAGCCGACGCCAAUCCGGGCCGUGUUCUUGACUUGGGAACGGGAACGGGUAUCUGGGCUAUGGACUACGGCGACGAGCAUCCAGGCUCGGAGGUCAUUGGUGUGGAUCUCUCUCCGACACAGCCGAAGUUCGUCCCGCCAAACGUCAAGUUCGAGAUCGACGACAUCGAAGACAGCUGGACCUACUCCCGCCCUUUUGACUACAUCCACUCCCGGAUGAUGAACUCAUCCAUCUCGAAAUGGGAAGAAUACCUGCGCCAAUGUUAUGAAAACCUCAACCCAGGCGGCUACCUCGAGCUCCAGGAAUUCGGCCUUCCCCUCUCCGACGACGGCACCCUGACCCCGGACCACGCGCUCCACAAGUCGAUGGCCCUGCUGGGCGAGGCCGCCGCCAAGAUGGACCACGCCUUCAUCGAGCUCAGCACGCUCAAGCCCAUGAUGGAGGCCGCGGGUUUUGUGGAUAUCGCCGAGAUCUGCUUCAAGUGGCCCAGCAACACCUGGCCGCGCCACGCAAAGUUCAAGGAGCUCGGCGCGUGGAACUACGACAACAUCACCACCGGGCUGCAGGGGUUCCUGAUGGCGUUCCUGACGAGGGGCCUCGCGUGGAAGGCGGAUGAGGUGAAUGUGCUCGCCGCGCAGACGAGGAAGGAUGUUGGAGAUCGGAGUAUCCAUGCGUACUGGCCCAUGUGA